AUGUCACGGUUAACGGCCCCUCCUCAAGGAUCAAUGUUCCCCCCGCCAUAGGAAUCGCUUUUCGAAUUCAGAAAAAAUCUACUUUCCAUACUAUCAAAGUUCUCAGAUAAUCACACUAUGAAGACGGGAAUGGACGAGAUAAGAAAGUUCAUGACUGCAGAUAUCACUGACAAUGACAGGAUGAACUGCUUUUUAAGUGCUAUUUCAGAUCAAAAUGAGCACAUGAAGCCUCAAUAGAAAAAGGAAUAGAUUAAGAUAUAUGGAUUGGCAGCAGAAAUAUUUGAGGAGUCACUGAUACCCUUUAUUCCGAAGAUAUUAGCCACCCUAUAAAAGAAAAUCAAGGAGAAUACAGUCUAGAUACACGAAGCUGUAUCGGACGCACUUGGACAACUCGUCUUUUUCAUUAUUAAUAAAGUAGAUGAUUUCACAGAGAAGCAAGAACUGCUUGAAAAUUUCUUCAAACUUCCAAUGCAGCUGCUUGAGAAAAGCCCUAAUAAAACAGUAUAGGCAGGAGCUGCUUAAUGCUUAUCGAAGGUAGUGUAAAAUAGUCCAGAGGACGUGCUGAGUGAAUUACUUGAUGACCUCACAGACAAGAUGAUUUUAAUCAUGAAUCAGAAUUCAUUCAAAGCUCAUACUCCGUUACUUGAGUGCAUUAUAUCUUUGGUGUUUCACGUUGAGCAAGAUUUCACACCAUAUGCUUCUAAGUUUCUUCCCGUAUUAAUUGAGUUCAUUGCUUGCAACGACUGGUCAACUAAGAAAGUAGCUAUCGAUGCAAUUUAUUCGAUGACAGCUAUAAUCAAGGAGGAGAUUAUACCUUUCAGACUUGAUAUCUUGUAAGUCUUGAAUCAUUGCAGAUUUGACAAGAUUAAACCUGUAAGAGAGGCCACUCUAGAAACCAUAAAAUUAAUCAAAGAAAUAGGGCCUCCAUUAGAUGAUGAAUAGCUAGCUUUAAUUGAAGAUAAGCCAGUCAAAAAUUCGAAGCAAGGUCCGACAGCUCCUUCUGUAAAAGAUAGAGGCAACGGUUCAAAGUCUGCGAGACCUACUAAAAAUGGAGGGGCAGAAGAAUAAAACUUUAGUAACAUUUAGCCAAUCAAUAAAUAGACUUCAGUCGCCUAAUCAAAAAAGCCACCAGUUAAAGACGGGAAGAAACCUCCUCUUAAAGACGUAUAGAGAUCAAAUACCUCUGUUUUAAUGUCAAAAGAUGAGGAUUAGGAUGUGAAUAAUAACGUUCCAAAUAGAAAUGACAAGAAAGUGUCUUCGGCAACAUUGAAAAGAAGGGCAGCUUAAUCUCCUUUAAGAGAAUAAACUCCAAACAUGACUGGAGGCAGUUCAAACAAUCCUGAUGGAGAUAAAUCCCCAGUGAGAAAGGAAUUUAUAUCUGUCUUCAAAUAAAUGAAGAAUCCCAACUUCUUUAAGGAUCAAUCCGAUAUUGAGAUAUUUGAGGGCAAGAGACCUGACAACUUUGAAGGGAUGCUAACUUAAUAGCCAAUAGUUGAGGAAGUUAAAAUAAAAAAAGAUAUGAUAUCUAGUUCAGCACAGAACUCAGAUAAUGAAGCUUAAUUCCAAACCUCUGUUACAAAGUAAAGAGCACAAAAAACUGAUAAAAUUAAUGCUAACGCAAAACGGGAGGAAAAGGAAUAAUCAAUUAGCAAUCCUGAUCAAAAGAAUAAGGAUAAAGAUAAAAACAAAAAAUAGCCAAGACCUAAAUUCUAAAAGCCAUAAGUUUAAAAGAAAAAUGAUGCAUUUGAUAAUAUAAUGAUUUACGAGCCUAAAUAAACAGGAGCUACUAUCCAAAAAAUAUAGAAUGAAGAGUAAGAAAUAGAAGAAAACUUUAUUCAAUCAAACAAAGUUAGCGAGUAAAAGCAUAAAUUUCAAGAUCAACCUGAGGAUAAAUAAAAACUAAAACAAAAUAAAUGGGUACCCCCUUAAGAAUAGGAAAUUAUCCAAGAAAAAUAGUAAAAUAUUUUUUCUCCUGUAAAAUCACCAAGAAAAGAGUUAAGACCUUAGUAAAAUGAGAAUCAAGAUGAUUUGACAGAGGAUGAUAAUAGAUCAAUAAACUCGGAUUACUUCUAGCAUGGCAACAAUAUGAGUUUCAAUGCUUAAUAAAACAAAUAGAAAGAAGAAAAUUUCUUAAAUAACUAUUAGAAGUAUAAAGAUGAUUAUGAUGAUGUCAAACCAACCGAGAGUACUCCUUUACGAAAGUCUAUCUCUCUUGAUAACUAUGCUAAAUAUAGUCAACAGCAAAAUUAUUAAGAAAAUAGCUAAAAUACUUUCAACUUAGAUAAGGAAAAUAACUAUUCUGAGUUGGGUAGAAGUGGUCAUAAAAAGAGCUCAGUUGAUUUGGGGCAGAUGCCAUAUUCUUAGCCUUAGUAAAACAACCUGAAUCUUUCCUAAUAAAACAUCAGUGGAAAUCCUUCUGGCAUCUAAUAGUAUGCUGAUAGCUACCAAUAUGAUUAUACAUAGAGACUUUCAGUUGAUUAAAAUAGCACUACUGCUAAUCUCUAGGGAUACUAAUAAGUACAAAAUACUCCCUAGAAGACUUUGCAUAAUAGAAAUUAUACUCCCUCCACUCUCCUUUACAGCCAGCAGAGUAAUUUAAUGUCAAUGGGAAAUGACUAUUAAAAUACUCAGUAAAUCUCAAAGAAAUCUAGCAUUUAUGAUAUUUAACCAACAGCAACUACUGCUUAGUCUUUGAACUUGCUUUAAUAGUCUUAAAACUUGUACACCUCACCCUUAACAUCAAGCAUAUCCUCAUUAGGUCCUUAGAAUAACUCAGCUUCAACGAAUAAUCUAGUUUCAUCUUAUCAAAAGUUAGAUACCUUUUAAUUCUCAAACUUAUCUUAAAAUGUCUAGCUAGUUAUGCUUUAAAUGGAAAAGAUGAACCAGUAGCAGAGUUUGUUUAUGGAAACAGUUAAGAAUUUCCAAGAUAACGUCAAAAUAGAAAUGGCUUAAAUUAAAACUAAGGUGACAGAACUUGAAACAUAAAUACUGGAACUCAAAGUCCAAUGCAAUAAUAAGAUUAAUGGAGAUGAAGUGAGAGAUUUAAUUAAUAAGAAAUUUAACCAACUAACUGAAUUCAAGAAAGAAGCAGACAACCUUUAAAUGAAAACAAAUCAGUACGCCUAAAAUCUAUAAAAUCUGAGAAGCACUCCAAUUCCCAUGUAAAACAACUUUAUUUUACCUCAACCCCUAAACUUAUACGGGUAAUCGUUGCCCUCGUUAGAUGUUCAAUAGUAGCUUUUAAGUCCGCCCUACUAGGAAAUUAAUCAUCAUGAUGACUACCAAUUCAGUAACCCUGGGUUUGCUAACAAUAAUAUCGGAGUUACUGAUUUUAGUCAAAUUUAAGAUGAAAAGAAGAACGUUUGGAAGUACAUAUAGGGUAUGGUAUAGAGAUAACAAUUUAACGACGCCUUCUUACUUGCCUUGAAUGCCGAAGAUGAGAUGAUUCUUAUCAGAUUACUUUCUAAGACUGGAUCCUUUGAAUUUGAGAAGCUGUACGAGCCUUAAAGAGAUGAUCUUAUCAAGAGAUCAUUGAUGCUGCUUGAAGGCAAAGAAUUUAUUGAUAUAUUGAUACCGUGUAUUAGUGAAGCAGUGGAUAGAUUCUACAUGCUAAUGUCAAGAAGCAUGAAGGAGUUAAUUAUUCACAAGUUAAGCAAUAUGAAAUAUGACAGAGAUUUCAGUGAGAUCCAAAAACUUGAAAUCAAGAGAGUCACCGAUAAACUUUCUCAAGUAUUGUGA